AACCGUACAGAACGGCUAACGCAAACGUCAGCCGGGUUUAUCGUGAAGAUCCAUCGAUCAAACGGUCCAUAUUGCAUCUGUCAGAGCCCACUGCGUGCGUACGCCAACCACACUCCGAAUCGUGGGCCCCUUCUCCACCAGCGCCUCUGGCUCAUCAUUAAUAUCGAGAAUGCCCGCACUAAAACUUGAAAUUCCCUACCUUUGAUCCAUAACGCGUGGCUAUUUAAGGAAUUGCGUCGCCAUGCUCCCGGGAUAGAGGGCUUCCUGAAAUCGGAAUCGAUCAUCUCCCUGUCUGCGUUAGGGAGGAGAGGAAACCCUAACCCUAGAUCGAUCUAUCCGGGGCUUUCUUGAGAGAAAUGGCGUCGUUCGCGGAGGCUCCGCCAGGCGAUAAGAAAUCCGGGGAGAAGAUCUUCAAGACGAAGUGCGCUCAGUGCCACACCGUAGAGAAAGGAGCCGGCCACAAGCAAGGUCCUAACUUGAAUGGUCUUUUUGGGAGGCAAUCUGGUACCACCCCUGGUUAUUCUUACUCUGCUGCAAACAAGAACAUGGCUGUGAUAUGGGAGGAAUCGACUUUAUAUGAUUAUCUACUUAAUCCUAAGAAGUAUAUUCCUGGUACAAAGAUGGUUUUUCCUGGUCUGAAGAAGCCUCAAGAGCGUGCAAAUCUGAUUGCUUAUCUUAAGGAAUCCACAGCAUCAUAAAUCAUGUUUAGUGGCAAAUCUAUUGGCUAAUAAGAUUGCUGAUAUCCAACCUGAGCGGUAAAGCCAGGGAAAUGGUAUAUUUUUGUUUUACUAUUAUUUGUGCCUCUUUUCGAGGCAUUGUUUUGUGCAAGAUGUACUCCUGUAUUACCUUUGUAAUGACAUUCUCGGCAAUAUCUUAACAAUUUUUUGGUCGCCACAUGAAUUUGUGGAUGGA